UUGAACUUGGAUUCCAGUAGAUUUAAUUUCUUUUUUAGUCACCUGAACAAUUCCUAAGUGAAUAAUUUCUUGCAAGGAAAUUCAUAUGGUUAUAAAAGAUAAUUCGAUGAGUUUUGGAGAGUUUUAUAAUUUCCACUGUUAUAAAAUAUCUUAAUCUUUCAUCUAUUCAUAAUAUAACUAUACAUUUAAUAUUUAAAAUAUUUUAGUAAUAAGAUUGAUUUUAUACUCUACGUACAGACAGAUUUUGUUUUUACUUUUAAAUAUCAGUAUCAUGAAACCUACGGGGGAAACGAAAGUUUCUGGCGCCAAAAUUACUAAUUCAGAGGCUAAGGUCAGAAUGUCUUUGCACGUUUUGCAGCCAGCAGCUACUGACAAAGAAAACCUGGUGGGUGCUGGAAGAAUGUUCAAAGCAGAUUUACCCUUAAAAAAUGCACUAAAAAAGGAUAUUAAAAACACAUCGGAGAAAUCAAAAAAAGGUUGCACAACGCGUAAAAAAAUUGUUUACAAACAUAAGGCAGUUCAAACAAACAGGGGAGAAAAAAUUAAAAUCGAAGUAGAAGAUUUGACCUCUGAAGCUGGUCCAAGUGAAAAUUAUUGGGAAGUAUUAGCAGAAAGACGACGAAUAGCUCUUAAUGAUGCAUUAGAAGAAAACAAAGAACUACAUGAACGUGUAUCAAAAUUGCAAGAAGAAAAUCGUUUAUGUAAAGAAAUGUUGGAUGAAACACGGGCUUUAGUUGAAGUUUUACAAGAAAUGAUUGAGGAUGAUAGAAAUGACAUACACAAUUCUUUGGAAGAUAGUGCUCUUUAAUUUUAUAUUAGAUUUUUAAGAGCAAUAAAAAUAUCAGUUUUAUACAUUAUCUCCAUAUUGGAAGAAAGCUUAAACAGAGAUUUAAGACUAAAUAAAUUUAUAUAUACUUUAUGUUUAGAGUUUAAUAGUUAUAACAGCUAUAAUAAUUUUCAUUAUCUUCUAAAUAAUUUAAAGAAGCACAACUUACGCCAUUCUUACCUACAUCGUUUAUGUUGCCCAACUGUACUAAUUUUUCAUCUCUCUGUAUAUAUUAUAUUUAUAACAAAGAACCUUGUCAAUUUUAUAUUGUGAAAUAAAAUAAAUAUAUAACUUU